GUCAAUAUUGUAUUAAUCACAGAUUUAUCAUUUUUAGGCGUUUACUUGUUAGUCAAAAUAGCUAUAUUAUUUGUCUUUUAGUUAACAGUUUGUCUUAUAUGUAUAUAACAAAUAAGUAACAAGAAUAACGUGAACUUGGAGUAACCAGCCGCAUAAGAAAAGUCGUAUAAAAUUCAUAAAAUGCCAGCAUACCAUUCCACUUUAACGGACUACACACAGUCUGUUGGAAAUCUUGCACUUCUGCCAAUACGCACGACUUUUAGAGGUCCUGCUCCAAUAAACCCAAAGAUAGAAUUAGAUAUUAUCGAUGAAGCAUUAAAUUACUUUAAGGCUAACGUUUUCUUUAGGUUUUAUGAAAUCAAGUCUGAUGCAGACAGAGUUCUCAUCUACUUAACUUUGUAUAUAUCGGAAUGCUUAAAAAGACUACAGAAAUGUUCAAGUAAAAACCAAGGGCAGCAAGAGAUGUAUAUGCUUGCAAUAUCAAAGUUUGAUAUUCCUGGUGAACCUGGAUUCCCCUUAAACUCUGUUUACGCGAAACCCUCUAGUCCUCAAGAAGCUGAUUUAAUGAGACAGUAUCUUCAACAAUUGAGACAUGAAACAGGUGGUAGAGUAUGUGAGAAGGUGUUCGCUACUGAAGAUGGCAAGCCAAGCAAGUGGUGGUUGUGUUUUGCCAAAAGGAAAUUUAUGGACAAGUCUCUCUCUGGGCCAGGUCAAUAAAAUAAUCCAAAUUACUAUAAAAAGCAUUUAUUUUAUGUAUUUUACAUAGUAUUAUGUUUACUUCAUUCAAAUAAAUAUUGGUUAUGAUAA